UUUCCCCACAGCUGGAGCUGUUCCUGGCGCAGCGCCUGGUGGAGAUGGAGGAGGAGGCCGAUGUCCUGGCUGCCAGCCAGUUCCAGCUGGCCCCCGCUGUCCUGCAGGGCCAGACCAGCACCCGUGUGGGCACACUGCUGGCCAGCACCAGGGCGCUGCUGGACCAGCUGAGCACCCGCCGCAUGCAGCAUCUCUUCAUCAUCCUCGCCUCCCCCAGGUACGUGGACCGUGUGAGCGAGAUGCUGCAGCAGAAACUGAACCAAGCAGAGCUGCUGCUGGCCAAGCGGGAGGCACUGAGCCGGAAGCGGCAGGAGGCUCUGACAGAGCAGGGUGUGCUGGAGCCCAAGCUGGACCGCCUGCAGGAGCGGACCCGGGA